AGGAGCCGUAUGAGGUGAAAUUCUCACGUACGCUUUUGGGACAGAGAUUCUUUCAAUUGAAUGACGACCGUAACGGAUGUCGGCUCAAUCCGAAGGAAAUUACGCGGAAGCUUUGCAGAAUUAUUAUGAAGCUAUGCGACUAGAAAUUGAUCCCUAUGAUCGAAGUUAUAUACUCUAUAAUAUAGGGCUUAUCCACACAAGUAAUGGAGAACAUACGAAAGCUUUGGAAUAUUAUUUUCGAGCACUAGAACGAAACCCAUUCUUACCACAAGCUUUUAAUAAUAUGGCCGUGAUCUGUCAUUACCAGGGAGAACAGGCCAUUCAACAGGGAAAUUCUGAAAUUGCAGAGGCUUGGUUCGAUCAAGCCACUGAGUAUUGGAAACAGGCUAUAGCGCUUACUCCCGGUAAUUAUAUUGAAGCGCAUAAUUGGUUGAAGAUCAUGAGAUGUUUCGAAUAAAAGAAGACCCCGUUUAUUUAUUAUCCUUUAUUUAGAAUUUAGAUAUUUGUUAUAAUUAAUUGUUUGUUGGACCCAUCAGAUCAGUUAACUAAAAAACGGAUCAUUCCUUUGCUUUUGGAAGACCCAAUCACAUAAUUUCAUUAUCUCCCUUCUAAGCCUUCUAUUUCACUUCUAUAUUCAUCUGCUAUUUUUUAGGAAUAAAAAAGACAGAUAGAGGACAAAAUAGACUUCUUUUUAUUCUA